GCGGGACGUGGAGACAGGCACAUGCGAAGGGCUCGGCUGCAGUGGCAAGAAUUCGAUCUGACGUCCUCCUGAAGGUGUCUCCACUGUGGCUGCGCCGUGCACCGGUCAAGACUAGCAGGGUAUAGGCCGGCUUUUGUUCCCCUAAUAUAUGUGUCCACCAGUCCUCAGUUCACAACCUGUAUGUCUAGGUCGUGAGGCCAGCAUCAAAUUCAAGUGCUGAAUAUCUCCAUUCUCACUUGCCUGCAAACCUCAUUAGCCCAGCCCCUUCCCCAAGCCCUAAGGUGAUUGGAUGUAAUUAACAUCUAAUUGGAUUUCUAUGGUUCCUCUGCGGAGAAACACCUCAAGGUCAAGGCUAGGUAUGAAUUCCUACCUUGGCUUGUGGACCUAAUAAUUCAUGAAAUGGGAUUGUGAAAACAGGUGCUACCAAGGGCUUCUGCUCAACUGUCACUCUGUGGAUGAUGGGGGACCACCUCAGACCCAUGGAAUUUCUCAAUAUUUGCUUGGAAGACAACCUACAGCCCCAUCCAGAAGCAUAUCCAAGUGAAGUGCAUGGCCAUCCGGGCCCUUCUGAACCUUGCCAGGAACAUACUUGGCCAUUUGACCCCCCUGAAUCUGCCAGGCCUGAUGCUCAUCAUGGCGACUCUGAUGUGGAACCCAGUCACCUGGGAAACCGCCUGGUGCAUGGGGAGGCCAGCCAGGCCCCAGCAUCAUCGAGGUCACUAGAGGACAACAGCUCUCUGGGGAGUCCACAGCAGAACCGGAGCUCAUCCACCCAGGUGGUAUUCUGGGCUGGCAUCCUGCAGGCCCAGAUGUGUGUCCUGGACCUGGAGGAGGAGCUAGAGAAAACAGAGGGACUCAAAGCAGGACUCAGAUGCUGUAUUCCACCGCCCUCUAAGGACUUCCUUGGUGAUGUGGGCCUGAAACCCAGUCGGCCCAAGGAGGAUGAAGACUCUGGGGAUGACAGCAGUGGGUCUGAGGAAGAGAACCAGACCUGGCCAAAGAAGAAAAUGCCAGGCUCCUCCCCAGAGUGGGGUGCUGAGGAGGACAGCAUCUUCUUUGAUAAUCCCCUCUUCCUGGAAAGCCCUUGCUCAGACACCAGCACUGAAGGAGAAUGCUUUUCCUGGGGCUACCCGAAUUCCCACCUAGAUAUGAAGACCUGGCCUCAUAGGCCUCAAACCCUGGAUUCUCCUCUCCAAGAAGGCACAGGGCUCUGGACGCAAGAAAAUGAUCUGGAUUUGGGGAGCAACACUGCUGACCAUAGUAGGUGCUCCACCCCUCCAUUCCCUGUGCCUUCCUAUAAGAUGCACCCCUGCUUGGCCUUAGGAUCCACUGAAGGAGCUCCCAUAGUACCUCCUGAUCAGGUGGGUGAGACUUCUUGGGAAGAUGAUGUUGGCCCUGGCUCACCUAAAGCACCCUCUGUAGACCAUGAAUUGAUCCAGGAAUCAGAUAACUUUGGAUCUGACCUUAGACCUGCCACAACACAUCCUGUACAGCCUUGGGGCUCACAGAUACCCCAAAGCCUUUCUGACCUGGCCCCACCCUUACAUGAGGACCUGCAGGAUCCUUCCAGGCCCCAGAAGCCUCUUAUCUCCCAGAACGGAGGUGAGAGGGAUGCUGGCUGUUUCCAGGAGCCCAUGCUCUGCACCUUGGCCCCCUGGGGGAGCCAAGCAUCUUUACUGGAGCCUAGCUGCCCAGAAUCUGGGGGCAGAGGCUCUGGACCCCGGCCCAGUCCUGUGUCUUCUCAGGAGAGCAGUCCACAGGAUCAGCUCCAUAGCCUCAAGUGGCCACAAGAUACCUCACACCCUUCGCUCCUGGAGAAGGAUAAAUCAGAAUUGAGUUCCCUGAAGAAAGAUGAGACAGAGGAAGUCCCAAGCCUGAUGCAGGAGGCAGAGUGUGAAGAUACAUCCAGAAGUGAAGAUGCUUCAGUCACCGAGCACCAUGUUCACUUGGCUUCUGCAGAAGGACUUCCUGAGAGCCCCAUGCCCCCAGAGGAAGCUCAAUCCCCAGAGGAAGACUGGAGGCCAUCACCAUCUAGAGAGAAGAUGGCUAAUAGCAUCAGAAAUGACGAGGGGGCUUGGAACCUAGCCUUGCGCCUCUAUCAACUGAAUGGUUUUCGGAAGUCCGAAGUGGCUGCACACCUUCGCAAGAACAAUGACUUCAGCAGGGCUGUAGCCGAGGCCUACUUGUCCUUCUUCCAGUUCGAAGGUCAGAGCCUGGACCGAGCCCUCCGUGGUUUCCUCCAGGCCCUGGUGCUCAGUGGAGAGACUCAGGAGCGGGAACGAAUUCUCUACCAAUUUUCCAAACGCUUCCAUUACUGCAAUCCUGGAGCCUUCCCCUCAGUAGAUUCUGUACACACCUUGACCUGUGCAAUUAUGCUCCUUAACACAGACUUACAUGGACAGAACAUUGGAAAGAGCAUGAGCUGUCAGGAAUUUGUAACCAACCUGAAUGGCCUGCAGGAUGGUGGAAACUUCCCCAAAGAGCUGCUGAAGGCUCUCUACUGGUCUAUCCGAAGUGAGAAGCUUGAGUGGGCUGUAGAUGAAGAAGAUGCAGCCAGACCUGAGAAAGACCAGCCCUCUCCCUCAGCUGGCAAGAUAAGCAGCCCCUUCCUGCAGUUGGCUCAGGACCCCACGAUGCCCACCUAUAAGCAGGGUAUCCUGGCACGGAAGAUGCAUCAUGAUGCUGAUGGCAAGAAGACACCAUGGGGCAAACGAGGCUGGAAGAUGUUUCACACCUUACUGAGAGGGAUGGUGCUCUACUUCCUGAAGGGAGAGGGCCAGUGGCUGGAUGGGGAGAGUUUGGUUGGACAUAUGAUGGAUGAACCUGUGGGAGUGCACCACUCGCUAGCCAGCCCAGCCACCCACUACACCAAGAAGCCACAUGUCUUCCAGCUUCGGACUGCAGACUGGCGUCUCUACCUCUUCCAGGCACCCACGGCCAAAGAAAUGGCUUCCUGGAUUGCACGAAUCAACCUGGCGGCUGCCACACACUCAGCACCUCCCUUUCCAGCUGCAGUGGGCUCCCAGCGCAGAUUCGUGAGGCCCAUCCUGCCCAUGGGCCCAGCGCAGAGCUCCCUGGAGGAGCAGCAUCGAUCCCACGAGAACUGCCUGGAUGCUGCCUCAGAUGACCUGUUGGAUUUGCAGAGAAACCUGCCAGAGCGAAGGGGCCGCAGCCGCGAGUUGGAGGAGUACCGCUUACGGAAGGAGUAUCUGGAGCACGAGAAAACUCGAUAUGAGACGUACGUGCAGCUUCUGGUGGCCCGCCUACACUUCCCUCUGAAAGACCUGGCUUUGUGGGAAGAUCAGCUUGGGAACGAAGCUGAUAGUUGUCAGGAGCCCAGGCCAAGCCUGAAGAAGUCCCACUCAAGCCCAUCCCUGCACCAGGAUGAGGCCCCCACCACAGCCAAGGUGAAACGUAACAUCUCAGAGCGCAGAACCUACCGGAAGAUCAUUCCCAAGAGGAACCGCAACCAGCUGUGAAGCUGUCGCCCUCUCAGAUACUGACUCCGGGGUAGACCUGAGAUGCAGCCUUAUGUGCCAGGACCAUGGUGAAGGAUGAGGCAUCUGUGCCUCUGUACUGAAGGAUGGGGCUCAUUUCCCUGUGUCCCCAUUCCUGGCUCUUCAGAGAUUAAGGUUGAGUGAGGCAGUCCUCUCUCCUCUAAGACACGGGGCCUGGGUUUCUGAGAUGGCCUGAGGCAGUCUAACCAAGACUGCUCACUGGGGACAAUCUUACUUUGGGAGUUAGGUGACCUGGCAGAAGUUGGUCCCCAAAGCAUAGAACAGGACCUCUUGGAAAUUCCUAAGCAGCAUCUUGUGACCUAGGAAGCAGGGUUACUCUAGCCCAGUAGAGCACAGCCUUCUACCAGACUCCUUGGCAGGUUCAGGGCUCAGGGAUACCGUGGGGCACCGAGCUUCUGGUCUUCUGGCUGCUUUAUCCUGCAAACAUAAGAGGGCUGCAUGCCUAAUUGUUAAUCAGCAGAGCAGAGCUGUGGCCUGGGCCAGGCUCAAUAGGAGUGGGGGGUGGCUCUAGAGGUCUGUGGAGAACACUUGGAACAAGGAGUGUUUGUUUCCUGAGAGUAAUGAGGGUAGCAUUUCUAGGGUAGACCACUGUGGAGGGAGAGGGGGUGAACAUGGUGACAGUUCUCCUUGGGAGUCUGCCUGGCAGUGCAAGUAGAGAUUGGAGGCCUGGGUUCUCACUGCCUUCUGUAGCCACCCCCACCCCACCUCCACCCUCAAUACCCCUCAACACUGCAUUCCUGAGGGAUGUCAGGACCUAUUUCUCAUUCCCAGGGCAGCUCCCAGACCUUUGCUGCCCUGCCUUGGGAAAUCCCCUUGGACUUCUCUUUUGGCUUCUUCCCAGGUAUGCCUGUUCUCUAGGGGAGGCCCUGGAGACUCAGGGACUGGGGCUGUGCCUGUGAGGAGGAGGCUGGCUUGGGGGAGCAGCCACAUUGUCUCUGUUCAGCCAUGUGUGCAAAGAGGCUUCUGGCCAACUGGGAGCCUCUGCUGCUCACCCUUUAGCUGACACGUUGCCUCUCCUGCUUCCUGCUGGGUCACACAUCCUCCCUUCAAUAAUGCUUGUAGCAACUCUAAGCCCUUAGAGCUCCACAAAGUGGAGCUGGUUCUUAGCGCCAGGGAACUCUUUGACUAGGGCCUGGGGCUGGCCCUUGCACCCAAUGGGUGUGCAAUAAAUAGAACCUACCAAAGAAACGUGCGUAUGUGUGUGCGCAUGCGUGCGUGUGUGUGUGUGUGUGUGUGUGUGUGUGUGUGUGUGUGUGUGUGUGUAAGGGGGAGU